GAGGAGAGCGGUAUAAGGGGCGGGGCCCCCGCCCUGCUCUCUCCGUGGAGGUGGAGGGACGGAGCUGCUCCGUCAGUCUGAUCCCGGAGCUCCACGGAGGACGAUCCUGUCCGGCCACGCUGCGCGUUCACGCUGCGCGGGUCCCGGUGUCUCCUGAGGCUGCGCGUGCACGAGCACCGAAACCAUCAUGAGCGACCGCUUCGACUGCCAGAACUGCAACGAGUCCUUAUACGGACGCAAGUACAUCCAGGUGGAGGGUGAGCCGCACUGCAUCCCCUGCUACGACCGCCUGCACGCCAACACCUGCCAGGAGUGUAAAGAAGUCAUCGGACACAAUGCCAAGGAGCUGGCCUACGAGGACCGGUUCUACCACGAGCACUGCUUCCGCUGCCUGCGCUGCGAGCGCUCGCUGGCCGACGAGUCCUUCACCAGCCAGGACGGCGGUCUGGUCUGCAGCGACUGCUACUGCAGCGAGUUCUCCUCCAAGUGUGCGGCCUGCGACAAGACCGUCAUGCCAGGAUCCCGGAUGUUGGAGUACGACGGCUCCACGUGGCACGAGGACUGCUUCGUGUGCGGCGGCUGUGAGAAGUCGAUCGGCGCUGAGGCCUUCAUCCCGGACCAGGGCAGCUACUACUGCGUGCCGUGCUACGAGGGCCGGUUCGCGCCGCAGUGCAGCCACUGCAAAAAGGCGCUGACUAAAGGAGGGGUGACCUACAAGGACGAGGUGUGGCACAAGGAGUGCUUCCUCUGCACGGGCUGCAAGGCGCCGCUAGCCGGCCAGCCCUUCACCUCGCAGGGCGACAGUCCGUACUGCGUCAAGUGUUUCAGCAGCCUCUACGCCAAGAAGUGUGCCGGCUGCAACACGGCCAUCACAGGGUUCGGAGAUGGGAAGUACGUUUCCUUCGAGGACCGGCAGUGGCACCAGCCGUGCUUCAAGUGCACGCGCUGCUCCGUGUCGCUGGUGGGCUCCGGCUUCUUCCCCGAUCGCGACCAGAUUCUGUGCACAGACUGCAACAGCGACGAGUGACGGUCGGGGCCGGCUCCAGCAGCACCCCGGGGAGCAGCGGCCCCGGGGACAGGAGCGGGCUAGACAUCAGCCGGGCUCUGUAGCUGCAGCACCACCGAUACGGACUCGGCACCUCAAACUCCCACCAGCUUCCAGUUUAAUAUUCACACAAACUCUGCAGAAUAUCUUGUGAUACAUGACUCUCUACAUUCUUUGCAUUCAUAUUUUGCACAAGGAAUUAAAGGUAUGAUAU